GCUCCGCCGCGCGGGAUUUCCGCAAUAAUAUCAACUAUGGCGAAGACAUACGACUAUUUGUUUAAAUUGCUGUUAAUCGGGGACUCCGGUGUCGGCAAGACAUGUGUCCUGUUCAGAUUUUCGGAAGACGCCUUCAACUCGACCUUCAUCUCCACUAUAGGCAUCGAUUUCAAGAUUAGGACAAUAGAGCUUGACGGCAAGAAGAUAAAGUUACAGAUAUGGGAUACAGCUGGCCAGGAGCGUUUCCGAACAAUCACGACAGCCUACUACAGAGGAGCCAUGGGAAUCAUGCUUGUCUACGACAUCACGAACGAGAAGUCUUUUGAAAAUAUCAAGAACUGGAUAAGGAACAUUGAGGAGCAUGCAUCAUCUGAUGUGGAGAAGAUGGUCCUCGGGAACAAAUGUGACAUCAAUGACAAGCGGCAGGUGUCCAAAGACCGGGGAGAGAAGCUUGCUUUAGAGUAUGGGAUCAAGUUCAUGGAAACCAGCGCAAAGGCUAACAUCAAUGUGGAAAAUGCAUUUUUGACACUUGCCAGAGACAUCAAAUCAAAAAUGGACACAAAAUUGGAGGGCAACACGCCGCAGGGGAGCAGUCAUGGAGUCAAGAUCUCAGAGCCUCAGAAAAAGACUAGCUUCUUCCGCUGUAGCCUACUCUGAGGACAGAGGCCUACGAUACUGGCUGCCAGCUGGCUGGACAUAAAUGGACUGUGCUUGCUUUUAGCACUCCCCCCCUCCUCCUUUCUCCCAUCCAUGGCCAGUCCACACAAACCAUGAUACUCCCAUAAGUGGAGGACUCUCCCUCCUUUCUUCCUCUUCUGAAAGCUUCCAGUGGUGCAUCUCUUCCAUCUUAAGGAGAAAAGCUAUCUUCAGGGGUCAGACCACUUGACUGGUGAAGAACGCAACCAGGAGCACAUCUUCAGAUGUUCCAUAUCACACAGAUAACAGGCUCGUACUUCUGAUGUUAGUCUCUUUGUAUUACACGCUCAUAUUUCACACAGCCGGUAGCACAACUGUUAAAAGUUCCACAUUGGAGGGAGAAAUCGUUUAAUUAAUGUCAAGAGUUUGGGAUUGAAAUACAAAUGUGAUAUUUAGAUCUAUUUUUAUUAGUGCUCUUUCCCUUUUUAUGUGAUAAAUGUCAGCCAGAGACUGAUGGGCUUGAACUCCAGUUAAACAGAGUUGCGCACUUUCAUUUCAGCAGUUGAGAAUCAUACCGAGUCUAAUGAGCAUAACGCAGUCAAGGGAUCAGAGAGGAAUUGGAUUACAAGGUUUUCCAUUUGAUUUUUGCUCCUUUUCUUUGUGUGUAAUCAUUGACAAUCAUUUGCUGUGACCACAAAUGGGCAUUUCAUCUAGCCUUAAUCAUCACUGUUUAUGUCACAGAUAAACUGCCUCCAAUUCUUCGUAGCCUUUUCGUCUAAGCUUUCAAAAGCAGUUUAGCUCUUAAAAGAUCAGCAGAGCAUUGAUUCGGUGACAUUUCCCUGCCUAGUCUUUCUCCAUGAGAAAGUAUUCAACAUUCAUUGUUAACUAUUUAGUUGUAAGUACACAUUUUGGGAAUAUUUCCAGAAGUACUUCCUGUAUAAUUUCAGUUAACAUCUACAAUAUAAAAACAUCCGUCACUGGCUUUCUUGAUUAAUCACUUAACUGUUUGGUCUAUAAAAUCCAAAUUUCAUCUGACCAACAUCCCAAAACUGCCAAAAUAUUCGGUUCACUAUCAGAGAAAGAAAGGCAACAAAUCCUCACAUUUGAGUAGGUGGAACUAGCGAAUGUUUGGCAAUUUUGCUUGAAAAAAAAUUAAC